AUGCUGUGUGCAAGUCGACGGAUGCAGAUGCGAAGCUGCUUCGCCGACGCGGCGAUCGCCCGCUGGAAAGGUGAGGGUCCCAAGGGCCUGCAGCUUGAGAGCAUUGCCUCGAGUCUGACCGGACACGGCAUCGCCACUUCUGGAUGGUGGACGUCGGGCGGUGCGCCUCGCCGCCACUGCGCCGGCAAGGAUGGAGCGCAUCCGCUGACGUUGGCCGAGGGGCCAGGCGCGCUCGAGGCCGCCAUCCCGCUCAAGGAGCUGGAAGCGGCCCUGGAGCGAGGCGCGCGGCAGGGGCCCGAGGCCGCGGCGAUCGUGAAGGGCGAGGUGGGCAACAGCGAGAUGCUCGCGGACCGGACGAGGGUCCACCAGAACGAGCGGUUCGAGCUGGUGAGCUCAAGCGACAGCGAGGCUGGCGCCGACGGCAUCGGACACAGACUCGACGACCUGAAGGCGAUGCGCUACGAGAUGAGGGCCGGCCUCCUCAACGCGCGGGUGGAAUUCGGCGCGAAGAUCGUGGAAGUGCCCUCCGUGCAGCAAGAGGAGGUCCCGCAAGUGGACUGCGCGAGCUCCGCGGGCCCAAAGGCGGCCCCCAAGGGCGAGCAACCCACCGAGCUGCCGCUCGAGAAGCCCGUGGACGUCUCGCAGGUAAAGAUCAUCGAGGUGCCGCGCGAUAAGCCAGUGGAGGUCCCGCAGGGAGAGCACGAGACGAGGCUUCGAGAGAUCGCGAAGACAGUGAAGUACGACACGCAACGCAAUGAGAUCGCGAACACUGGCUUCGCCGAACAGAGUAUCGAGGUGCCUUUCGAGCAGACGGUGGACGUCCCGCAGGAAAAGCCCGACGCGAGGUUCAAGCAGAUCGCGAAGACGGACCUCGUUGAGCAGAUCAACGAGGUGCCCUUCGGAAAGACUGUGGACGCCCCGCAGGUAAAGAAUAUGAAGUUCAACGAUAGCGCGUGGAAGUCCUGGCAGGUGAAGUACGACGCGAAGUGCAACGAGAGCGCGAAGACGGAUCUCGCUGAGCGGUUCAGCUUGAUGCUUCUGCCUAUGCCCUUCUUCCCGAGCCUCGGGAUGAGCGGCACCGAGGCCGACAGCGAGAUGGCGAUGCUCGGUCUCGCGGGCUACUGCUUAACCGUUGACAGAAUCCUACAGGAGGCGCAGCUGCGGGAUUUGCUCGAGUGCGGGGACGAGGUGAAGGUCGGGAAGGCCGUGCAAGACACCCUCCACUGGCUGGACCAGCCUGACCGUGCGGGCCUUGUCGAGCUCGAGGGCAAGGAGCCGGAGCCGGAGGGCAUCACCAACCCCACCCUGAUGAAAGCCACGUAG